UGGAAUAAGCAGGACUCAAUGAAAACAGUGCCUUGUAAAAAAUGAAAAUGCAUUUUGUGCAGUGAUCUCUUUCUUUAGACUCGUAUUAUUCUAGUAUUGUAACUCAUGAAACUAAAUAAAUACGUAAAUCUAAAUAAUUUGAUUGUAAAUACGAGGCCUAUAGUAAUACUUCUUCACGCUGCCCAAAUUUUUUUGUUUUUCGACAUCGUUUGCAUCCAGGUACUAUUAAGUUUGUCGUCUGGAUUUCCUCUCCACCCUCGGUCUUUGUUUGACUUGAUGUUUAGUCUACAGUUAUAGCACAGCUACGACAAAAAUAAUUCCCAAAUGAAUACAGGCAAGUUAGGAAGUUGGAGGUCUUUCACUCUGAACACUCAGGAUGAAGGUGAAAUGGAGCAAGUUAGGGAUGGUGGUCUUUUUCCUGCUUUCCUGUGUGAUGACUGGAUGUUUUGUAUGGCAGUACAGGAUGCCAAAACUCCAAACAGAAAUUGAAGAAAGAAAGGGGGUGGAAGAACAAAAGAUGUGCCCUCGCUUCCCAGAACCUGUACCCUUGCAGCACCCUAUUGCAGUGCUCAAGGAGGCCUUAGAACAGAUAGAUACACUUUUAAGGUCAAGUAUUGAUGACAUCAGCCUACCGGCUCUUUCUGCCAUUGUGGUUUUCAAUGACUCUGUGCUAUGGAAUGGACACUUUGGCAAAUUAAAUGGAAGUAGCCCUUCCUCACCUUCACCCAAUGAAUACACAGUGUAUAGAAUUGCCAGUCUGUCAAAGAUCUUCCCUACUCUGAUGUUGUAUAAGCUUUGGGAGGAAGGAAAGAUUGAAUCCUUGGAUGACCCCUUGGAGAAAUAUGCUGAGAACUUUACUGUUAAGAAUCCCUUGGGGAAGAGAUGGGACACAGGCAUACCAUUGGCCCGGGCGCCCCGCUUUCCAUCUCUUACCUUACGCCGCAUGGCCAGCCAGCUGUCUGGGUUGCCUAGAAGGCUGAGAGCAACCAGUCUCCUUUGGAAUGGAGACACUGAGUCCGCCACUGAUUUGUUAAAGGAUGAUGUCCUAGUGGCAGACCCAGGCACCAGAUGUCACUAUAGCAACGUGGCCUUUUCUUUGUUGGCCAACGUGUUGGCCCAGAAGAUAACAGACUCAGACUAUGAGCAAUGGGUGUCUGAAAACCUCCUGUCCAAAGUAGGGAUGGAGGACACAGGCUUCGACAUCACCCCGGGCAUUCAGAACCGGAUGGCUGUGGGAGUGUACAGCAGUGGCAAACCAGCUCCCCUCUACGACCUGGGUUGGUACCGCCCCGCCGGUCAGAUGUACUCGACAGCAGCUGACAUGGCCAAGUUGGCUAUGAUUCUGCUGGGGGCCUAUAGCCGGCCCUUUCUUCGGCCAGACACCCUGAAGACCAUGCUGACCCCUUUAUUCCGCUGCCACGAUGGCUACUUUGCCAACUCCACUGGCACGCCCUGGGAAGUCAAUGAGCAGCUGGGCUAUGAAGUGGUGAGGAAGGAUGGAGAUUUGGAUGGAUACGCAGCCACCUUCUCCAUGGUCCCACAAUUAAAGCUUGGACUCGUAGUUCUGAUGGCAGGGGUACGACCAGGGAAAAAGGACCUUCUCACCCAGGCCUACAGCUCCCUCAUCCCUGCAAUGGAGAGCGCCUUUAGGGAUGCCCGACGUAACCUCACUCCACCACCCGACCCAAUGCCCUACAUGGGGGUCUUCACCUACAAGAACAUGACCUUCUAUGAGAUUAAGGUGGAUGUGGAUGGGGUUUUGAUCAUGCAGCAGUUUGGGCCCCAGGUGGAUACCUCUGUGCCAGUUAAGUACAGGACUAUCAGGCUGGACUACCUGGAGGAGAGGGUGUUCAGGGUUGUGUUUGAGAGGGAGUAUCCCUGCAAACUGAAGGUCAACAGCGCCUCCGUGUCACUCGAGGCCCAGGACAGACAGCUCUUUAACUUCUACGUCUUCAAUAAAAAGAGGCAGUCCCCUGGAUUCGACUCCCCAGGACUAAACACGUACAAUGUGAUCCGGAUAUUUCGUCGACCAAUAUUUACCAAAUAAACUCAGAACACAAACAUGAACAUUACCAAGAUGGAAGUGAUUGAAAUAUCGUCCAUCUAUGCCCGUCACUCACCAAUCAGUAGCUUUUCUGUUGUAUGGCAAAUUACGUUUUCUUGAAGGGUGUAUGUAUGAACUUCCAAAGUUUAAAGUUCAUUGCACCUGAGUGACUACAAAACUAGGAAAUACAACAUAGAGGUUCCCAUGAUAAAGUGCCCCCUUGACUCUUGAGGGGAGAGGGAAGAAAAGAAAACAAUCUGAAGACUGGAGAAAUAAUUUUUAUCAAUAGGACCUUUUUAUACCCAUUGAGCAAUUUGAAAUGCCUAUGUUUGAAUGUGGAUGAAGCCAAGUAAAUGGUUGUGUUUUUUUUUUUACUCUAUAUCAAUUGUUAGCGGGCCUUUUUUAUGAGUUCUGGAGCACUUGAUCAAGUUAUUUAGCAUCUUCUAUGCAGUAUAUGUGCCAUGAAGGGCUAAUGAUAACAAACGUUUUAAGCAUUUAGCAUCUAGCCACCUAAGGCAAUGUCUUCCGGUGAUUAUGAUGAACACAUUUCCUUCUGAAGCACACGGCAUGUUACACCUAUUCUUAGACUUUCCUUCCCCUUGUCUAUAACCUUUCCGAUUUAUUUAAAGAUUGCCUCCGGUAAACCUCUGUAAUCCCCUCAGUUCUACCAUGUAAGCAGUGACCAAAAGACAAAUCACAACAGGAGCUGGAAACAGCACUUUAAAUGUAAAACUGUUCAAUCGGCAAUGAACAAAUGAAUGAAAACUGUCUUUCAAACAUUUAACUCUGGGGAUUACCUAAAGCCAGGAUAAGCAAGUAGCCUGAAAAUGAAAUGGAAUAAAACAUAAACGCAUAUUAGUGCAGUAUGGCUUACAGAGUAGUUUCAUCAACCAAGUGUUAAAUGUAUGUUAUUGCAUACAUUUUCAAAUAGAGAAGUAGAAUUAACUAUAUGUGGUAAUCCUUUUAGCUAAAUUCAAACAUAGGAGGAUGAUUACUGACAGCAAAAAGUUGUUUAUGAACAAAGAUUACAUACAAAACUUCACUUUCACAUUAAAGACUACCAAACAUCCAACAGGUCACAUGCAUUACACACAUCCAAUAAAACACAUUUAAAAUCCAUUAGUUCCUCUUUGAUAUUGCAACUAUAGGAACGAUUCCCAGACUUUUAUAGCACCAUAAAGAGUGACAUGGUAUUUACUAACUAAAUAACACAUUUUCUGGCCAAUAAUAUGCUCAAAGAGUUACCUACUGGAUCCCUUAUAAGGGAAGUAACACUUUGCUGUUAACAAAUCACUUUUUGUUAUUAAGAGAGAAUUGUGACCAAAGGAACGCAGCUAAUGAGAAACUCAAAUGAAGACCAAGAUGAAGACUGUAUUCUCCAUGGCGCUGGUUCUUCUGGCUUUAGGCCAUUUGUCUAAUGCUGUCAUUGUCCAGGUAAGAACUCAUUCAAAUUUGAGUUGGCAGUUCAGGUAGUCAACCACAUAUUGUCAUUUUUAACAAUAACAAUAAUGGAUUCUGUAGUUGAGAUGAUGCAUAAAACUAUGAUAACGUUUUGGUUUCGACUCCUAAAUACACUGCUUUACAUUCGUGUUUUAACUAAUAUGAGGGUCUUGUAAAAUAUCUUUUUAAUUGACCAAAACUGUCAAACUUUUGACUAGGAAAGAAACUUCACAUUCUCACUCGAGGCUGUGAUGAAACUCUGGGAUCUGAUGGCCAAUGCUGAUGCAACAUCCAACAAUCUUGAUUCAGUACAGAUCAACCCGGUGGCUAUAUGUUCUGACUCCUCUCUCCCUACCGAGUUUCAACCCUUGUGUCAAAGCAAGGAGUUUGGUACUUCCUUCACCAAGCUAGGUAAAUAGGGCAGGGAGAAAUUUCAAAAGAUUCUUAUUUUUCCUUAUCAUCAAAGGUUUGAGGUUUGUGGUUAAAGUUAACCUCAUUGUAAUUGGAGUAAGGGUGUGAAAGCGAAACAGUAAGAAUGUAUGUGGGUUGUGCUUUGUGCCUGCACAGUUUCCAUUUAUUCCGGCAUGCUUCUGCAUUUGCGAGUAAGUCAACUAAUGCUACUUCCUCCAUGUAUUUGAAAUAAA